AUGGUUCUUGUGCGUUCCACUCCGCCUUUCUCAAAUCGGCGCUGCCGCCGUUGCCGGAGCGUCUAUGAAGAAGCCACCUGUCACAAGCAGGAAGGUACUACUGGUGGGAGUGCAGGGAGUGAAGAUCUGGAAGAAAGGUUCUGCACCAGUGACAGGAGUGCGAGGGAGCUGCUGGGUGCCCAGGACAGAUCAGCAACCACGAAUAAACAGGAGAGAACCCUGAGAGGGUUUCUGGCUCCAGUCAAGUGGAUCAGAUCCCAUCCUGUGCUCACCAUAGUGGUCCUAAUUCUUCUCCUGUUCUUGGUCCUGUCUUUGGGUGUGUCCUUGGCUGUUGUGUCAGGGAGAGGACACAGAGAGACUCCAGUUACUCCAGUGCUGCUGGCCUGUCCCCAUGGCUGGGUCGGGCACCGCGGGAUCUGCUACUUCCUCUCGAGGGAUCAGCUCAGCUGGGAUCAGGCUCAGGCUCGGUGCUCUGAGCUCGGGGCCUCCCUGGCCGUGCUCAAGGACUGGGAAAUGGAGUUUCUCUUCUGCCUCAGUGAGAAUGAGGAUCACUGGCUCGGGCUGCGCAGACGGGGCCGGGAGCUGCAGUGGGGGGACGGCAGCAGCUUCAACUCCUCGGUUCCUGUCCUGGGCAAUGCAGGCUGUGUGUUCCUGGCUGAGGGUGUGCUCAGGAGUGCUCCCUGCUCAAAUCCGAUGCCCUUUGUCUGCAGCAGGACCCAAACUCACCUUGGAUGAAAGGGGAUGGAGAAUGGACCUUCUCUGUGCUGGACAGUCACUGCUUCACCUCUUCACCCCCAUUUUGGGGAUAUUAUUCCUUGGCCAGAGCAUCUGCCUUGCACUGACCACCAGGGUCACCUCAAUACCAGUUUGCAGGGUCACCUCAGUGCCUGCUCUCAGCGUCCCCUCAGUGCCUGUCACCAGGGGAUGAACCUUCAGGAGGAGGAGAUGAUGUGGAAGCUGAUGUGUGCCUGCUUCUGCUGGGGCUGGGGGUUCCUUGCUCCUUCUGGAACUAUUCCAGAACUCAAGUGGUUUCUCAAGCACUUUGUGUUUAUACACAAACUCUGUUUCUAUAUAUGGAUUCAUAUCCCUGUACUGCCAUAGGAAUGGGGCCUUGGUUGGGGUAAGGUGCUAAUAAUACCAAGGUUGGUAUUUGACCCCACUGGGGCCAUUCCCUUAAGAGCAGGACUCAAACCUUGUGGGUCCCUUCCAACACAGAGGAUUCUCUAAAAUGGCCUUGUGUGAUCUUCAUCAGUGUUUAUGGUACCAAUGUUGCUGCUGUCAUUCAUUGCAUUUUCUUAUUUUUAUAUUAAAUGCUUGUCAAGCCCCCACUGUCCCUCAUGUUCCCUUGGCCCCGGCAGCCCCACCCCUUCCCUGCUCCCCUUCCCUCGUUCCAUCCCGGCUGGAGGAGCCUUGGAGCUGCCGUGGGGGCCGUGGGGCUGCCCCGGGGGCUGCGCCCCGAGCCGGGGCCCCUUCCCAGUGCUCCCAGUCUGCCCGUGCACCCUGGAGCAGCCAGCGAGGCUUCAGCUGGGCCGGCACAGAGGCGCUGCUGGGGGUGCCACCUCAGUUUGCUUUUGUUUGUUCUUCUCAGCUUGGGGAACAGUGAUCUGGGGAGUUUUCUGCUUGCAAUCUCUCCCCUUCUCCACUCAGCCAAAGGAA